AUGGCUGCUGUUGUCGCCGUACCGAAGGUGCAGGCGUCAAGGAAGGGCAAGAAGGCCUGGCGUAAGAAUGUCGAUAUCUCAGAAGUAACUACAGGACUUGACCAAGUCCGUACUGAGAUCAUUCAAGGUGGUAUCAUCGCCGAAAAAGCCGACGCAGACCUCUUCACAGUCGACACCACCGGCUCUACCAAUAUCCGUCAGAAACACUUUCGCGAAGUCAAGCCUCUGAAGGUCGACGAGAUUCUUAAUGCUAGAAGCUCGGUACCUGCGCUUAUAAAUCCGAAGAAGCGGGCGGGUCCAAGCGGAAUAGAACUCGGAGAUGGUAUACUGCCAAUAAAGAAGCAUAGGAAGAAUGGAGUGUCGCACAAAGACUUAGAGAGACUACGGAGGAUCGCAUAUGGCGGAGAAGCAGCUAAGGAUGGUGUCAAGACAGCUAAAGCUGUAGAGGGUAAAGACUUAUACGAUCCAUGGGGCGAUGUCGUACCCGAUGCAGAGGGAACAGUGGCCAAAAUGGAUCAACUUACAUUCGUCGAAAAGCCAAAGAAGUUGAGUGCGCCAUCAACGAUCAAACACGCACCCAUUGGAAUUACAAAAGAAGAUGAAGAGGCUGUACCUGCUGUGAGGCUUCCAGACCCGGGUAUUUCGUACAAUCCGGAUUUCCAGAGAUGGGACGAGCUACUUUCACGGGAGGGCGAGAAGGAAAUUGAACUGGAGAAGAAGAGAUUAGAAUACCAAGAAUAUGAAAGGAAAAUUCUUGCACUCGCAGACAUCGAAGAUGAAGACGAGAAAGAGGAAGAAGAUGACGAAGAUGACGAAGAUGAAGAAGGGGAGGAGGAGGGAGAAGACAAGGCUAUUAAAAAAAUGCCACAGAGGAAAACGCCCUCGCAAAGAAACAAGGUCAAGAGGAGAAAGGAGGCAGAACGCCAGGCAAGACACCAGAACAAAACCGAAGUUCAAAAGCGGCAGCUGGAGUCUCUUAAAGAAUUAAGGAAGACUUUAGAUGUCGCUUUGAAAGAGCGGGCGGUUGCAAAACGAACAGCAUUGACACCUGCUAAACGCCAAGUUAGACGAAGAAAGUUCGACAAAUCGAUAUUGCCCCAAGCUCCACUUGAGCUGCAGUUACCUGAAGAAUUAGCUGACUCUUUGAGGAGGUUAAAGCCGGAAGGGAAUCUGCUGCGAGACAGGUAUAGGAAUUUACGUGAACGGGGUGUAAUCGAAACCAGAGCCAAUACCCAGCAAAAGAAGGCGAAGAAGAAGCUUACCGAGAAGUGGAGCUACAAGGACUGGAAGCCUUAG